GCCCCAGAAGCACAAUCACUGUCGUCUCAUCGAGCAGAGCGCCUAGACUGUGAUUCCCAUGCUUGCAGAUAUCACACCUUCCCUUCACCGAUCAUCUCCUUGUCAUCUGAGCAAACUGUGGACGCCUAUCUCAAGUGGAUUUCUGGUACAUUUUGGCCAGAACGCCCUGACAACCCUUAA